UCGAGCACACAUUUCUAUUUUUUUCACGGUCAAACAGGCAAGGGCUUAUCACGAGGCGCAACACGUCUAUACAGAUCCGUCGCCUUUUCCUACGCUUAGAGAGCAGGUAAGUCGCGGCCGAAGCGAGUACGGACGGCGCUGAAGGGAACAGCGGCGAGCAGUGUGCGAAGGAGAAGGAAUAUUCUUAAACGAGGAAUAGAUGGCGUUGCGGGGUGUUUGGCAGCUUCAGAAACUGAUAGUGAGCUAUUGUGACUGGGGUGGAAGUAGCAGGGGAAUCAGGGCAUUCAUGGAAACUCAUUUGCCAUUCUUGAAGGAAAAAAAUCCUCAGCUGGAGGUUGUUACAGAACUAAUUCGCGGCCAACAUCCUCAUUUGAAGGGGCACUUCAAGAACCAUAAUCAGCGUGUGAUUUGUGUGAAGAACCUAUCACCCGAAGAAAUACUGUUACACGCAACCAGACUAAGGAAUGCUCUUGGCAGAAAGGUCAUUAAGCUGCGAACAAGGCAUGUGACCAAGCAUCCUAGCGUUCAGGGAACGUGGAAUACACAGCUGAAGUUUUGAUUGUCGGUAUGCUUCAAAAUUUCUAUGAGAAGGUGCAAAUUGCAUCUUUGAUGUUCAUCUUUGAAUUCUUACCAGGAAGUAAUGAGAUCAGGGAAUAUGCUUUAAACUUAUGGCACGAGAAAUUUUAAUGUCGUUUUUCAAUUUCCUGCUUUUUAUUUUUCA